AUGAAUCUAAAUCACUUCUGCUUUCUCCUUUGCACUUUGGUGACAUUCGUUUUCGCCUCUGGCUCAGUCAUCUGUGACAAACUCACAAAUGCCACGGAUAUCAUCAACCAUUCUUCUCUUCAAUUACAAGAUAUCGAUACCAAAAUCCUCAAAGCAGCAAAUGGCACCGAACCGUUACCUAAGGAUCUCACCGCUCCGAAUGCGAAAGACCACAGCGCAGUAUUACAGAAGUUAGAUCUAUCUUUACAACAACUGCUGAAGGUUGCGAGGACAUAUCAUGCUAAAGGACCAGGAGGUAAUCUUGAAUCUCUGGGGGCCUCUAUAUCACGAUUAGAGACACAGUUGCAGACAUUUAAUGAUAAACUUGUACACCGGUCUUCGCAGCGGAGAGCCAGUGAAAAAGCUUUAUCUGAUAGUUCGCAACCCUCUCCAUCUCCUGCUAUGGCCUUCGGCAAGGCUCUCGAUGUUGUUAGAGCAACAAGCAAACUCACACAUAGUGUUAUGAUGACGGCUCAAAAGUGUUCACCAGGAGGCUUGGAGGCCAGGCAAGACCUGAGUUCUGUUUUUGAUGCCAUAACUAGUGCGCUGAGUUCUGUACUUGAUGAAGUCAGUAACCUUCUACUUGCUAUGGAGGAGUACUUAGUGGGGCUUUGGGGGGCUGGAAGUGAAAUCCUCAAUGCAAUUAUGGAGUUUGUCAUUGAAGCUGGGAUUAGUAUACUUGACGCACUGUCUGUGCUGCUUCUGGGCGAAUAA